GACGCAAGGGGAGGUGGGGCCUGGCCGAGCCUUGAUUGGCCGUGGUGCGCAAGGGCGCGGAUCGUGGUCCAGGCCGUGAGCUGCUGUGGUCGCCGGUGCAGAUUAACUCUGCUGCGCGCCGUGCAAGAUGCGGAAGGUGGUUUUGAUCACCGGGGCGAGCAGUGGCAUUGGGCUGGCCCUCUGCAGUCGGCUGCUGGCAAAAGACGACGAGCUUCACCUGUGUUUGGCGUGUAGGAACCUGAGCAAAGCCGGAGCCGUUCGUGAUGCCCUGCUGGCCUCUCACCCCUCCGCCCAAGUCAGCAUUGUGCAGAUGGAUGUCAGCAGCCUGCGGUCGGUGGUCCAGGGUGCAAAGGAAGUCAAGCAAAAGUUUCAAAGAUUAGACUACUUAUAUCUGAAUGCUGGGAUCAUGCCUAAUCCCCAGCUAAAUUUCAAAGCGUUUUUCUUGGGCAUCUUUUCAAGAAAUGUGGUUCAUAUGUUCUCCACAGCGGAAGGACUGUUGACCCAGAAUGACAAGGUCACUGCUGAUGGGUUCCAGGAGGUGUUUGAAACCAAUCUCUUUGGCCACUUUAUCCUGAUCCGGGAACUGGAACCCCUUCUCUGCCACAGCGACAGCCCCUCCCAGCUCAUCUGGACCUCUUCUCGUAAUGCCAAGAAAUCUAACUUCAGCCUUGAGGAUAUCCAGCACAGCAAAGGCCCGGAACCCUACAGCUCCUCCAAAUACGCUACUGACCUUCUGAAUGUGGCUUUGAACAGGAAUUUCAACCAGAAGGGUCUGUAUUCCAGUGUGAUUUGCCCAGGCGUAGUACUGACCAAUCUGACAUACGGAAUUCUGCCGCCCUUUGUGUGGACAUUGCUCUUGCCGCUGUUAUGGCUGAUUCGCUUUUUUGCAAACGCUUUCACUCUGACACCGUACAAUGGAGCAGAAGCGCUGGUGUGGCUUUUCCACCAAAAACCUGAGUCUCUCAACCCUCUGACCAAAUACCUGAGCUCCACCACAGGCUUCGGGACUAAUUACGUCAAGGACCAAAAGAUGGACAUAGACGAAGACACCGCCGAAAAAUUUUAUCAAACCUUAUUGGAACUGGAAAAACGCGUUAGGAUCACCAUGGAAAAAUCGGAUCACCCCAGCUGAUAGCGACAUUCUCCUGAGCAUCCAGUACCUUCUGUACCUUCCGGGGCACGUGGCUUUCUGUCGUGCUGGAUGGUACACAUUUGUCGUAAACCAUAAGCCAUGAUGAUCUCCUCUCCUACCUUUCAGAAUGAUCUCUAUGACUCUGUGUGCGCACAUGUGUGCAGGCAUACACACACACGUGAGGAAAGAUGGGCAAAUAGAGGACCGAAGUAAAUGCCCUCCAGAACAGUGUCCUUUCAGAAUUGCUAGAGGCUUCCUGCACAGCAUCUGCGUACAGCAUUCUGUCACCUGGAGCCCAGCAGAUGAGACUUGAGGGACUGGGUUCAGGUGCAGCCUGAACCUCCAUUUAGUCCUGGCAAGGAGGGGGCAAUGCCUCCUUUCCUUUUCCUUUCUUUUCCUUUCCUUUCCUCUAUGAUUGUUCCCCCCCCCCUUUAUUUUCUUCUCCACGUUCUGCUUCAGAUAAUCUUACAUGAUCGUCCACCGAGCAGCCCCCACGUGACUGCCCACAGUCAGCCUCAGGAGCAAAGCGUGAGCACUUUGGGCCACGCGCAUUAUUUCUUUUCUUUCGAAGCAUUUUGGGUUUUUUGGGGGUUUUUUUUUGUUGUUUUUUUUAUCAGGGAGUGGAGGCCACGGUGAGCCUGGUCUUCAGUAACGUGCAGAUGUGUUCAUUAUGAAGAGCUUAUCUUCAUGGUCGUAUUUCACCGGAAUUAAAUUUAUAGCAAAAAUUAUUUAUUCACGUUUCAAUAAAAUGUCAAAACAAACAAACAGAAAAGUCUGAGACACUGCUACAAGGCCUAGUGCCGGCCUCUGGUGCACAGUGGAAGGAGGAAGAAAUAGUUCAUUUGUGUGUGUCAGAUGAUGAGUUUUCCAAAUCCUUUUCUCUGUAAAACUGAAAGAGCCACACCUGAGCAUCCUUUGGUGUGAGCCAGAAUACUAAAGAUGACUAGAUAUUUUUAUCAUAAAUAAAGCCAUUCCGUUACUUGGGAUAUAAGAAAGUCGGUAAAAUUUUGAAUAAAAGUAAAAAAUGAUAUAUUAAUAUAAUUUCCCUACAGCUUGUGCUAUGAAAAUUUGAUUUUGUUGACCAAGAUUUUUUGUAAAGAUACAGGUGAGAAUGAGUGCAUGCCUCUGUCCCUCCCCCAUCUUUGGGAAAGGAGGGUGGAGCUUAGCAUGGGGGCUGUUCUUUCUUCGCUUUCAUCCACUCAGAACACCCAUUUGGAAAAGGUUACUCCUACAUGGUGAACUCACAUUUCUCACGUGUGAACUCUUUGCUCUGUUGCUCACGGGUUUGCCGUGAGGAGGGGAUUGACCACCUCGGCGUACUGUGAACAUCCUUAGAGAUCAGAAACCCAGAGCGUGGGGGUUCAGACACCCCCCCACCCCCCCACCCCCGUGAAGGGCACUGACCGACCACGGUCCUUUUGACAGUCGGUUCUGAUCCCCAAGCAUUUCCAGGAGACAGCAUGGGGUGCUGCAGGAUGGAUUCUAGGCCCGGGGCUGGGUAGUCAUAAUCUAAACUGGCUUCAAGAGAGGGCAGUAGUUUGGGCUUGGGUUAUUGGUGAGUUUGGAAAAGCAUGUCCUUUUUCCAGUGUUGUCAACUUACGGAUAGCAAGUUACUCAUUUCUUUUUACCAGCUGGAUUAGUAAUUCCUCUGGUUUAUUCUUGAUACUGAUAAUCUCUUCAUUGUCUUGUAGUGCAAGAGGUUUUCCAUUUUGCUGGUGUUUUCAGAGCACCAUGUUUCCGCCUCACUGAAUUUUUUCUCUCCAGUUUCUUACAUAUUUUCCUUAGAGAUUUUGGCUCUGCGUGUUUUAAUUAUCUUUUUAAAAAAACACUUAAGGUUACUUAUUUAAAAGCUUUUCAUCAUGGCUGGUGUAAGUGUUUAAUUAUAAGCAUUUAAUGACAGAAGUAUCCCUCUCAGCCUGGAAUAACUGGGUCUCGUGUUUGCUGACAUGCUGCCUUUCUUUUAGAUUAUUUUAUUACUUUCUGUUGAGGUUUCCUUUUAUGAAUUAUUAGAAAUUAUUUAAUGUUGAUACUUUUAGAGCUUUAAAAGGUUGGUACUUGACUGGGGAGAUGGCUCGCUCAGUGGUUGAGAGUCCUGAGGACUCAGGUUUGAUUCCCUGCUUAACCUGGUGGCUCUCAAAGAUAUGUAACUCCAGUUGCAGGGGAUCCAGUGCCAUCUCCUGGCCUCUGUGUACACCAGGCAUGCAUAAGAUGCACAGGCAUGCAUGCAGACAAAACACCUGUACACAUAGAGGUAAAUAAUUCUUAUAAGAGUUGAUACUAGCUUCUAGGUAUAGUCUGUUGGGCUUUUCUAGUUUCAGCUUGGUAUAGUCAGAGUGCAUUGAGUCCUAGUUCUGUUUAUGGCCCAGGAUCUGAUCUGCCUGGAGCAGUCUGUGGAUUUUCCUUCACACCGUGCCUGCUCGUAUUUCCUCCUUAGAACACUGGGAUUGCUCUCUUUGUACCUUCUACAGAGUUCAUGGCUGCUUUCCCAGCAGGUGUCGCAUGGGAAGGCCACACCACUCUGUUGAAAGCAGUAUUUCUCAUCUUCGUAUCAGUCUUCGUUUCUGCUAUAAUUUCCUGUGUUCAGUCCGCUUUUCUUGUUCUGUGUACAUUUCUGCUUUCAGUUAUUGCAAAAUUUUGAUGAAUUUUAUUGUUAAUUUGUAUUAUUUAUUUAUUUUGCAUGCUGGGGCACAUUGAAUUCAGGGCUGUGGAGUCCAUCUUCUCCUCGUGGGUGAUCCCUGGGCAGGCACGCUGUAGAUGAUAGUUGUCAGCUGAAGCUUUUAGUUGGUAUUGUUUUGUUUCUUUCAUGCCUCAGUGAGGUCUUUGAUAGUUGAUCAAAUCUAACAUUUCAUCAUGGACCUCAGGUUUUACCAUCCUUAUCAACCUUCUGAAAAACAAAACGAAACAUUUACCUGAGGGCUGGAGAGAUGGCUCAGCAUUUAAGAGCUCUGACUGCUUUCCCAGGAAACCCAGGUUCGUUCCCAGCACACGCGUGGUAGCUCACGAUCAUCUCAAGUUCCAGGGGACCCUGUGUUCUCUCUGGCUUCUGUGGGCACCAGACACAAGUGGUGCACAGAUAUACAUGCAGGCAAAAUACUCAUACACAUAAAAAUAAAUCUUAAAAACAGAAUCCCAAACUAAAAACCAUUAAUUUGUGGGGGGGGGGAGGAAGAGUAUAAAGUUGUGAUAAAACUAAAAUCUCUGCAUAUCACCAAAUGCUCCCCUUCUUACCCUAAAAGCCUCCUGAUAGGCAUCUAGGAGCAGGCUGCUGCCCAGGUUCCUUGUCCUGCUCCUCUCCAAGCUAACCUGGAGUGCACCCUCCCAUCCAACCUAUAGGAGCCCAGCCACAUUUGAAGCCUUUACUCUGAGAGACAUAUACCAGUGUUGAAUUACUUUUAUUUUCCUUGUAUUGAUGGAGCGUGCUUUAGAAAUCACCUAUUUUUUUUUGUCAAGCUGUGUGUUCAUGUAUCUUACCAUUUCCUGUUAGAUUUUCAACCUUUGAAUAUAAGGGAUAUUAUCUAUAUAAUAAACAAUGGAGCUCUUGUCUAAACAUUUAUUUAUCUAAAGUUUGUACUUGUUUCUCUUGCUUAUUGUCCUUUGACAUACCAAAGGACCAGCUCCAAGACCUUUUGUUGUUCUGACUCAUAUUUAUAGUUCAAUCAAUGGCUGGCAUUUAUGAGGCUCUUGAUAAAUAUAUGAACAAUUGAUUGAACAAGUGUUUAUAUGAAUAAAAGAAUCGUGCUAUUUUG